CUUCUCGUGCUCACGGCGCCAUCCGAUCUCUAGAAGCGACCGCAUCACCGACGAGAUCCAUGGCGGCGGAGAAGCAGGAGGUCACCGCCGGCGCCACGCCGAUGUGUGCCAACGGCUGCGGUUUCUUCGGGAGCGCCGCGACCAAAAAUUUUUGCUCCCAGUGCUACAAGAAUCACGUGAUGAAGACCGCCGUCGUCGCUCCCGUCACCGAGAAGAAGGUCGACGCGGCGCCUGGGCCGGCAGAGAAAGAGAAGCACGAAGGGUCCUCGGGCAGCGCCGCCGUCGCCCAGAAGAUGGUCGACGCGGCGCCAGCAGAGAAGGAGAGCGGCUCCUCCGCGGAGACAACGGGGAAGCACGAGGCGGCCUCCGGCGCCGCCGCCGCCGCGGCGCCCGUCAUGUGCGCGAACGGGUGCAGCUUCUUCGGGUCCGCGGCGACCAAGAACAUGUGCUCGAGUUGCUACAGGGACUUCCUCAAGAACGCCGACGCCGCCCCUGCCACGGCGGAGAAGAUCGAGGUCGCGCCCGAGCAGCCGGCGCCGCCUGAGAUUUCCGCGGCAACUUCUAGCGCGCCGGCAGCGAAGGCGGCGCCGAGCAGGUGCGCGGGGUGCAAGAAGAAGGUGGGGCUGCUUGGGUUUGUCUGCCGCUGCGGUGGACCGAGAGCAGAUCGCCAAGAAGAACCCCCUCGUCGUGGCGCCCAAGAUCAACAAGAUCUGAUGCAGACGGAGACGAAGAAGAACCCCCUCGUCGUGGCGCCCAAGAUCAACAAGAUCUGA